CAGGAGGAUAGGGGGUGUUAAAAUUGACAAUCGACUCUCUUAGCUAAGGUUUUCUCCAACUUCUGAGUUAUCCAACACAAAUGAUUGCCACAGUGUAUUAAUGGAGUCCCAAACAAGAUUCUCCUACUCCACUAGAAUCUCCUAUGACACGGCACCAACAUCAUAAUCAAAUACAGGGGCCCAACAUCUUAGUGAAAUCCAUUUGGCAUACAUAUAUUUAACUGAGAAACCUUAUUUUCACAGGUUCACACCCAAUCACAAACACAAACUCUACUGCUUGUGUAAAAGAGUACAGCUAUAUCCAUCAGAGCCAAAAUUUCCUCGAACUAACACUCUCCUAAUCCAAAAGCAUCACCCAUCUCAAAAGCCUAUAAAUUGCUGUCAGCAGCAGAAUUCUAUAUGCCAACUGCAAAGCCAAAGAAAAAACAUACACACAAACACACAUGAACCACAGGUAUGGAUAUUGAUCCUGUAGCAUCGGAGCAAACAAAUAAGAACUGCAACAAGAGAAGAUUUAGUGACGAGCAAAUUAAAUCCUUGGAAUUGAUGUUCAAUUCAGAAUCAAGACCAGGGUCGAAAACAAAGCAGCGGAUUGCUAACCAGCUCGGACUUCAUCCUCGACAGGUUUCUGUAUGGUUUCAGAACAGGAGAGCUCGAAGCAAGUCAAAACAGACAGAGCGUGAUUACAGCAUCUUGAAAGCUCAUUAUGACAGUCUUGCCUCUAAGUUUGAGGUUCUUAAAAAAGAGAAUCAGACCUUGAUAAUUGAGGUGCAGCGAUUAAGGGGUUUAAAAGAAAGACCUAAAGACAGCACAAGUGACUCAGCUCCAGCUACAUGCAGCAGUAACGGAGAAUCUUUUUCUUUAAGCUCACCAGAGAAGCUCAUAGCUAAGCCAGAAGAUUAUUACACUCAGGAUGAGAUUUUGUGCAAUGAUAAAUUUGAAGAAUUUAAGAGUUUUGAGCAGGAGACAAACAACCAAGAAAACUUCUACAUGAUAGAAUCAGCAGAUGACUCAUUAGCAUCAUCUAGAAACUACAGCAGUGUAGAACCAACCUAUCUUAUGGAACAUAAUUGUAUCCCAAACUGGUGGGAAUUAUGGGUCUGAUACAGUCUGCGAACGUGGAGCUUUUACUAUAUACAUAAUUUUAGUUUUAUGUUCAGCAGCUUUCAGCCAAUAUAAAUAGUGAUUGGGCA